AUGGGCAUAAUUGCUGUUGCGGCUCGACACUUUGCCAAUACAGGACGAUCGUUCGAUCAGACCGAUGAUGCUUCGUCGCCUCGAAUGGUCAAUGCUAAUGUGGAUGCACUUCACUUCAAAAGACAAGCUAUCAAGGCUUUAUUAUCAUCACUGUAUCGUCCAAAGCCUUCUCAGAAGGACGGAAUAAUGGCGACCAUCCUUCUUUUGAUUUUUCUCGAUAUACUCGAGUCUGGCAUCGACGGUUGGAAAUAUCACCUUCAUGGUGCAGAAGGCCUUGUCAACAUAUCUCAAUCGAUGCUAGAUCCUGGUGCCAGUCAACAUGUCAAUGGGAACCCCGGAGAGACAGUGGAGGAGACCAGGAGAUUUAUCGCCCGGCAAUUCUCGCUUGUCUCAACCAUCGGAGGUGCGCUCUCAAGUCCAGAGUCCAGUUCUGAGCUAUGUAUCAAUUUCGAAAAAGAGAGGCAUCAAGAGUCAAUUAUUCGAAGCUUUCUUGGAUGCCCUGCAUUCCUUCUGGAGGCUAUCCGUUGUUUCUCGCAUCAAAGACAUGUGAUCGAGACUAUGAAAAUACACGAAGAAACCUCGAUUCAAGAGCAUGUACGAGAUACUCGGACUAUGCUCGAGCUGACGGCAGACUUUGACUGUGUGGAGUGGGCAUCAAGCUUCGUACAAUCAAGAGACUCCCCAACUGUGGAGAUCCAGAAGCUGUCUCUACUAUCGGAAGCAUACAGAAAUGCCACCUUGCUUUAUGGAAACCAAGUUCUUCGUGUCUUCGGAAGGUCAGCCGGAAAGACAACGCCUGACAAUGAUAAACUGGUGUUGCGACUACUUGACGUGAUUGAGACUCUCAAGUGCGACGACGCUCUGUUCAAAUGUUUACUUUGGCCGACCUUCAUUGCAGGCCUCGAAUGUGAGACUCAUAUUGAGCAACAACAGGUCGUACAAUAUCUAAGGAUGCUUUGGGAUUUGACCUGCUGUUUGAAUAUAAUCAACGCUUCAAAGAUUCUGCAUGACCAUUGGAUACAAAAGCAGUCCGAUGGAAGUUCAGCGCUCAAGGAAUCUCAACUUCAUGUAAUAGAACAAGGCUGGCUGCUUGUCUGA